AGGGAGAGGAAAAUGGCGGAGAUUGAUGGAGCUGGGCUGCCGUUGCGCUCAUAAAACCACAUAAAAGCACUCUUUGCUGAAUUUGACCAUCGAAUCUCAUGUGAUUAAAAACAGAUAUCGGUAUGUGCAGUGCGCAAGCUGGGACCUUAAAGAGGACAUAGCAGGACAUAAGGUUGGUUCGUGGGUUCCAAUUAUUCAGUGUCCUUUCCUUUAGCUUCCAACUUCUAGUUCCAGCUGACCAACCUUUUUACAACCAUCUGUCCUGGGUUAUGGACCUGACAUCAGCAUCAGGCCUCAAACGGAGGCACGCCGCCUCCUCCUCACCCACUGCCCAAAGAGAGUUUGCCAGAAGCCCCCCUCGUCGCUCACCCUCCUUGUCUCGGUCAUCUCCAUCAUCUGAUCGGUCUUCGCCCAGUUCUACCUCGUCUUCUCCCUGUGUCAACUCAUCGGUUUUUCAGAACCAUGUUAAAGGUCAGAAUCGCGGGUCAGAAAUGGUUAGGGUGUCCUCCACAUCUGUCUCCCUUGCGAUGUCAUCCCUCUCCACAUCUAAAGCCUCCUUUGCAGAUUCCUUCCCUCGCACUUUAUUACAGUCAGCUGUUGAUUAUAAAGAAGAAGGUAGAAAAAAGGAGAUAUAUGAUCCUUUCCAUCCUACUGAGGGGGAAAAGGAUGGAAAGAUUGAGGAAGAUGGAGAGAAGUAUGACCCGUUUGACCCCACUGGUUCUCCAGCAUCAGAUGAUGACGAUGAAAAUUGCAAAAUAACAGAAGAGCUCACGAAUACGGCGAGAGAAACUGUUGAGGAGAAAGAAGAGGUACCUCCAGACUCCACUGACAUUUUCAGUGACCCACCGAGCCCUCCAUUGGCUACCCAGCUCUCUCAUAGAAGGCGAGUUGACUACAGCACUACCAAAGCUCGAGUUAAACGAGAGAGGGCUGACUCUGACCAUUCUGAGAUUGAAGAGGGGGAGAUUGUUGUCGCCAUUGAGAGAGAUGUUGGCAGCAAGAGAACAGCAGGAGAAAGUCUCUGCUUGAACUCUCCCAAGAUCACCUUCUUUGAUCCAAAACCAGAGCGUAUCCUCCGUGUGCUGGACGGGGAUGGAUUUGUGUCUGUAUGCGCGGACGGCAACUGGGAGGUGGACAGGGAGCCAGACGACGAGCCUGUGGUAGGAUUGGAGGAUCUGAGAAGGAAACUGGUCAGCAAGAGGAAGGAAAGAUAUCUCGCCUUUCCUGGUACAUCCCCUCUCGCGUCUCAGCCACCACCUCCCCCUGCUCCUCCCGUACAGUCGAUACCUUCGUCCCCUCUCGCGCACGCUGCUGAGAAAGGAAGCACAAAUCGCAAGCCCUCCAAAGUUUCCAAGGAUCAGAACAGACAGAGAAGCAAGGAUAGGAAGGCUAAGGAGAAGGAUGAGAAACGAAAGAAGAGAAAGAAAGACAAGGAGGGAGGUCGGGAAAGGAGCAGAGAAAAGAAGCUAGGGGACAGGACUGAUAAGGAGGUUAGAAGUAGGAGAACCAGCAGAAGUAGUAGUCAGAAGAGGAAAAAAACACAUCACAGCAGCCCAGAGGCGUCACUUUCACGCAACUCCUCGAGACGACAGGGCCACAGUCGACACUCCGUCUCUAGCCCCUCUGUGGAUUGCCACAGAGAGGGGGAAAGAGAGCGAGAGAGAGAGAGAGGACGAGACAGAGAGAGAAAAAUGGAGCGAGACAGGCAGCGAGAGAGUGAACAAAGGCGCACCAUUAGCCAGAGAAGAAAUGAGAGAGAGAGACGUUCUAGCUCAAGAAAGGAGGAGGGGGAAAGGAAGGGAAUCUUUCAUUCAAGCAGUAGAGAGCGGGACAUUUCGAAGAGGCCAAGAAGAAGCACGGAGAGAAGAGAGAGUGAAAGAGCCCGAGAGCACGUGAGGGAACGUCGUCGCGACGGGCGCCCUGUUGUCCCGCCAUCUAUUCAGGACCUGAAUGGUUCUGACCUCUUCGCCAUCAAGCGAACCAUCACGGUCACCACCACCACAACCACCACCACUGUACCUGGCUCUCCUAUACUCACCCAAGCCUCUCCGUGUCGGAUUGUACAGGACCUAGACGUGCCCCACAAGAGGAAAAAAAAGAGAAGAUGGCACUCGGGUGGAGAAAAGAUGGACCGGGGAACUUGUCACAGCCGAUCGCAGUCACCGUCUCCUCCGCGGUAUCACAGCUAUGAGUCAGAUCGCUAUUCCGAUAAACUCGAGAUAGAUGUGUUGUCUUUAGAUGGUGAGGCUUUGGACUCGGACUACCCAUCCUUGGAAGAUACACCUCCGCCAGCACUGCCCCUGGACCCACCCGUCCCCAGUCCCAAAUCUAAAACAACCCCAAAGACUGAGCGACAUCACCCAAAAAAGAAAGUUCGCACCUCAAAGAAAUUGACUCAGUCAUCCUCCUCCUCUUCCAAUAAAACCAAAAGCAAAUGCCUAUCCUCUCUGUCAGUCACUUCUGAUUCUGCCCAUGUCUCAACCGGCCUUGCUUUAGCCAAGCGAACCAGGAAGGUGGGCAAAGAAAAAGUGUGGGACAACGACAGCAAAAAGGAUUUGGGUCGCUCCAGCAGAUCCAAAAAAGAGAGCGGCAGUCGGAAAGGCAAACUUCAGUCCAAAGUGUCAGUUAUGGUACGGGAGGGUGUGAGCAGCACCACUGGGACGUCAGUCGGCUCUGGUAAAUUGGGUAUGGACCUCCUUGGUCCUGGAGGGACCGGAGGCGGUUCCGGAGGAUCUGUGGUGGGUGGUUCAAUUGCUGUCGUCUUCUGUAGAGAUAAUGAGAGCAGGUCGCCAUUCCUAAAACCGUGCACUGAGCCUCUCUCGGUGGGAGUCCGCAAUAAAGAUCUGGCAAGUAUGGGCAAGCGAAACAGCCUCGCAGCACCGCCGCCCUCUUUAACCAGUCCUGCGGGUAUGAAAUCUAAGAAAACAAAGCCUGGCUCGAUCACGUCCACUUCUUCCUCCACCUCCUCCUCUUCAUCAACAUUAGCGACCAAGCGCCGCCGUCGCUUGGCCAAGAAAGUCAGGGAAAAAGUUGUGGCAUCAGACAUGGCCACUGGAGAUGGGAGCCAAUCAAAAGCCACAUCUGAAGGCUGGAGUGGGGCCUCUCAAGAAGUUCUUUCCGCAGCUGGAGACGGAAUGAAGCCCAGCAGUCCGCACUCUGGCCAAGCCGGCCCCGCUCCUUGUUCGUCGUCGUCCUCUUCCUCCUCAUCCUCCUUCACAAGUGUGCUGCCGCCCUCCUCCUCACCCCCCCGUAGCCCCCCACCAGUGGUGGCUCCCCUACGGGACACCAGGGAGUCUUCGCCAGACUCUCAGACUGUGGACAGCAGCUGUAAGACUCCAGAGGCUUCUUUCCUAGCUGACGACUGCCCGACUCAGACCAGCCCCACACUCCCGCCGUCCAGUCCGCCCAGCCCGUCUGUGCCCCAGGGGUCCACGCCCACCGCCACGCAGCCCACUUCGGACAAUGCACCCAAAUCUGCGGCCUCACCUCCUUCGUCUUCAUCGUCAGUAGGCGGUGGUCUCGGUUCCCUUUCUCUGCCUUUGUCCUCGUCGGACCCCUCUUCCUCCUCGGUGUCCUCGUCAUCUGCCAGUAAGCCUCCUCCACCGCCUCCUCCGACAGCUCCUGUCCUCCCAUGGAGUCUCCAGACAGGGGUGGACUGCACAACUGGAGGGGUUCUUGCAUUAACUGCCCUACUCUUCAAAAUGGAGGAGGCAAAUAUUGCCAGCAGAGCAAAAGCACAAGAGUUCAUCCAAGCGACCAGCCAGGUGAGAGGAAAACUGAGCAUCUUAAGCCUGUGCGCCAGCCCUUUACAUGGAAUAAAAAGAAACCAGAGCCUCGAAAUCCUCUCGCAAGCAAACCAGAGCCAGUCUCAGGCUCCGUCGGCCGCCUCCUCCCAGAUCCCGCCUCCCCCUCCCAAUCUCCCCCCGCCGCCCGGAUUGAGCCCAGCGCAGUUCAUCCUCCAAAGCUCCCUGCCGUUAGUCGCUUGCACCAAAACGCCGCCCUCUCACCUGCACCCCUCCGUCGGUGGUGGAUGCGCACAGACGCCCCCGCCUGUCAUUCCUGUGGGGCUGCCGGGAUUUGCAGGGAGCUCUGGGGACACUUUUUGGGACAAUGAAAGUAAAGACCCUGACAAGUACCUGAAGAAGCUCCACACCCAGGAGCGGGCAGUGGAAGAGGUGAAGCUUGCGAUCAAACCUUACUAUCAGCGCAAAGACAUCAACAAGGACGAAUACAAAGAUAUCCUCAGAAAAGCUGUUCACAAGAUCUGUCACAGUCGUACUGGCGAAAUCAACCCGGUCAAGGUCAGCAACCUUGUGAAGCUAUACGUCCAGCGCUACAAGUACUUCCGAAAACAUGGACGCAGAAUGGAUGAAGAAGAUAGGGAUGACAGGGAACAGGGCGGGACUUUUUAAAAUGUUAUCCGACUCUCUGCCUUUGGUUGUUGUGAACAUCCACUAUUUUGUG